CGGGAGGCGCGAGGCUGCUGGCGGCGGAUUUAAAAAGGCGGCGCGCGGCGGCGCGAGCUGGCCUGAACCCACCCGACCCGCAAGCGACGACAUGGUGCGCACCAAGGCCGACGCCCCGUCCGUCUCCACCGGCGCUUUCCGAAAGGCUGUUGCUGCCCGAGCACCAAGAAAGGCACUUGGAUGUACGAGUGCAGCAAACAACUCCCUGACAUCCCCUGGGAAAAAGGAAAAUAAAUAUGCUGGUGGGAAUUUAGUGUGUCCAAGACCCACCCCAAAGUGGCAGAAAGGCAUUGGAGAUUUCUUUGGCGGUGGUCCAUCAAAACUGCCGGAGAAAGAAAAUACAGUUCCUUCGGAUGAUGAGCCCACUAGCAGCACGGCUGAACCAAAAAAAGCUCAGAGAAGGGCACGUCCUCUGUCUGCAGGGUCUUCGGAUGAAGCUGCGUCAGGUGAAGAAAACUGAGCUCCGUGUUCUUUUAACCACGUCUGAUACUUGAAGAGAUCUUUCUUGACGUGUAUAUGUGUGUAUAUAUGUCAAUUACUUUGUCGUUUGGACUUGUUUUGUACAGAAAUUCAAUUAAAAAUAUCCAUUUAAAUGCC